AUGGCAGAGGAGUAUGAAGCAGAGUUCACUGCCCUCCACAGAAACAUUGAAAAUACAUCUACAAGUGCAAUGAUUCACACAGAACAGCUACUGAGCACCGACAGAAGACCUCAGAUGUCCGAAAAGACAAGAAAACCUCCACGUAACCAGGCAUAUGCAGAUCCAGCCACUAGCAAUUCUGCCAGCAGACCCCAGGACCCGCCCCUGCUCUUGCUACUAGGAAAUCUGCCAGUGAGUGCCGGUACCUGCCCUGCUGUCCCAGGAGGCCGUCUUUUCUUUUUCCAAAGGUGUCUAAGCUACACAGCUGGAAAUGUAACAAGUGUCUCAGAAUUCUUCCUCACAGGCCUCUCAGAUGAUCCAGAACUGCAGCCUUUGCUCUUUAUCCUGUUCCUGUCCUUGUACCUGGUCACCGUGUUGGGGAAUCUGCUCAUCAUCCUGGCUGUUACCUCUGACCCCCACCUUCACACCCCCAUGUACUUCUUCCUCUCCAACCUGUCCUUGGUUGACAUCAGUUUCAUCUCCACCACCGUCCCCAAGAUGAUUGUGAACAUCCAAACUCAUAGCAGAGUCAUCUCCUAUGAAGCCUGCCUGACACAGAUGUCUUUUUUUAUCCUUUUUGUGUGUAUGGAUGGUAUGCUUCUGACUGCAAUGGCUUAUGACAGGUUUGUGGCCAUCUGUCACCCACUGCGCUACCAGAUCAUCAUGAACCCACGCCUCUGUUGCUUCUUAGUUUUGGUGUCAUUUUUUGUUAGCCUUUUGGAUUCCCAGGUGCACAAUUUGACUGUGUUACAAGUUGCCUGCUUUAAGAAUGUGGAAAUUUCUAAUUUCUUCUGUGACCCUUCUCAACUCCUCAAGCUUGCCUGUUCUGACACUUUCACCAAUAACAUAGUCCUGUAUUUUUUUGGUGCCACCUUUGCUUUUCUCCUUUUCUCAGGGAUCUUUUUCUCUUACUAUAAAAUUCUUCUUUCCAUUCUGAGAGUCCCCUCAUCAGGUCGAAUGUAUAAAGGCUUCUCCACCUGUGGUUCUCACCUGGCAGUUGUUUGUGUAUUUUAUGGAACCAGCCUUGGUGUGUACCUCAGCUCAGCCAUCUCACAAUCUCCCAGGAAGGAUACAGUGGCCUCGGUAGUGUACACUGUGGUUACCCCCAUGCUGAACCCCUACAUCUACAGUCUGAGGAACAGAGACAUCAAAAAGGCCAUCAAGAACCCCCAUCUACUCCCCAACCAGUCCUUGGAUCCGGUACCCAGCCACAGCCCCGCCCUCAGUCCCGUCAAGAAACGGGUGUCCGCCAACAACCCUGCCCUCUGGGCUUGGUUCCGCCCACAAGCUGCAAACGAGAAUACCUCGUCAGAGGCUUGGGUGCAAGGCCGCCGCCCCGCCCGCCGCCCCGCCCGCCGCCUUAACCCAGAGCCCCGCAAUGCCCCGCUAUCCGCGGCUGCUAGGCACCGGAAACUGAAGUCCCUGGCUACAGCCCGAGACCGGAAGCGGAAGCGCCGGGCGGUGCUGAGGAAGGAGUCGCGGGGCGGCUCACUGCGCUGUGUGUAA